UACACUCUUACAUAGACACUUUAGGUAUAGAACAUACAUGAAGUUAGCAGGUAUCCAGCCCGACGCGCCAUCUCUCUGUAGAUAAAUGGCAAUGGGGCCGCUGAUUAUUGCUGUGCGUGUUUCCCCAGGAUCUUUGGUCACGGUUGAUUGCCCUCCAAUACCAUCACCAUGGCAUACAACAGAGACAUUACCGACCUCCAAUGUUUGAGUAUCGAAGAUUUGCGCGUGCUGGCAGCGCAGCGAAUGGACAAACAGACUCGGGACUACUAUAAUGAAGGUUCGGACUCUGGCAGCACGCUUGCCGAAAACAUCACCGCAUAUCAAAAAUACCGUAUUCGCCCUCGAGUUCUUCGCGAUAUCUCGGCUAUCGACACGACAGUCAAUGUCUUUGGCCAGAAUUCUUGUAUGCCUGUUGGCGCAGCCAGUACUGCAAUGCAUUGUCUGGCGCACCCAGAUGGUGAGAUCGCAACGGCGAGUGCAUGCAAGAAGCAAGACGUCGUCAUGGGGUUGAGCUCUUUCGCAACACAGACACUUGAGGACGUCAAGGACGCAAUUGGCGACACACCUAUGGCGCUGCAGCUGUACUUGUUCGAAGACCGUGACCACAGUGUAAAGCUGAUAAAGCGUGCCAAGGCAAAGGGCUACAAAGCCGUGCUACUCACAGUCGACACGCCGGUCCUCGGGCGUCGCAACCUCGAGAUCAGGAAUCAGUUCACGCUGCCGAAACACCUGCGGAUUGCAAAUUUUGCGAACCGUGUCGACGAGAGCUCAGGUGACAGUGACGCAAAGUCGACAUACAGCGAGGCAGGGUAUUAUGAUGGCGAGAAGAGGGUAUGGCCACGGGGACCCAUCCGAUUCCACACACACGCCGCCAACCCAACGUUAACGUGGGAGAAGGACAUCGAGUGGCUAAAGGAACAAUGUCAUCCUGAGAUGGAGGUCUGGGUCAAGGGUGUCAUGACAGGGGAAGAUGCGGUUUUAGCUUGCCACUACGGCGUUGAUGGCAUUAUUGUUUCGAACCAUGGUGGUCGCCAGCUUAAUAGUUCAUUGGCAACCAUCGAUGCGCUGCCCGAAGUUGUAGCUGCCGUACGGAGCCAGGAGAAGAGGAUUCCGGUCCACGUCGACGGUGGCAUUCGACAUGGCACUGAUGUAUUUAAGGCGUUGGCGCUUGGUGCGGACUUUGUGUGGAUUGGCAGGCCCAUCCUGUGGGGAUUGGCUUACAAGGGCCAGGAGGGCGUUGAGCUUGCCUUGCAACUGAUUCGCGACGAAUUCAAACUGUGUAUGGGUCUUGCUGGUAUCACAAAGGUGGAGGACAUUGGGCCUGACUAUUUGGCAAAAAUUGACAAGAACGGCUUCACGGCGCGUUUGUAA